CCCUCACGUCCCCAACUCCCUCACAACUAACCCCCACUAUUCUAGCCCCAUUUUCCCACUCCCUCGCGUCAAAGUCCCAACCCCCAUAUCCCUUAUUAUCCUUUUUAAAUUCUUUUGCACGGGGAAAGGCAUCAAUUUUUGAAAAGAACGAGAUUGAGAAAGGGAGGGAGUCCAAUAUUUUAAGGAGGAGCUGCUAUUUUUUCUCCAUAAAUCCAGCCAUAGAAACAGUCCCAAACGGCCUCUGUAAAUCAGUCCCUCAACCAUCAUUAAAGCAGUAGUUUCAGCCAUGAAAAACAAGUGAAACUCCAUUAACACCACCCCAAAACAGCAGCUCAAAUCGCUGCUAACUCCACCGUAAAACAGUCAGAAAACAGCCCCAAAGAACCUUACUCUUGGCUCCAAAACGCAGCCAUGAAACACCAGUUAAACCAAUCAUAAACCUCAUUUAAAAUUCCAGCCAAACACCUGAAAUUUCAGUGUCCAACCACCAUCAAAACCCAGCCGAAACAGUAAAGCUUCCGGUCGAGGUCGCCGGCGAGUCUCCGUUCGUGGUAUCCGGGUGACGGGUUUGUUCGUUUCAACUUCAUCGCUGUGUUCUUCUUAUAAACUAGUUGGAAGAUCUUUGAUAUUUUGAAAGUUAUAAAAGUGUUAGACUGAUUGAGUUCAGACAAAUUUUGUUCCCUCUCAAGCUCAUUGUCCUCUAGAGACGAUAAAAGACUAUAAGAAUGGAGAGAACUCCAUCGGCUUGUGCGAUGCAGUGGAGCAUUGACCUUGAAAAGGGCCUCCGUUCUAAUAAACCUGGUAAAUCUGCAGAAGCCAUACUAGAUAUUGGGCCAAAACUUGAGUGGUGGAGUAGAGAGUCAAAUCUUAGUGCUGCUGAGUACAAAGUAUUCGGCUUAAUUCCUGGGGAGGAUAAGCUAUUUGCAAAUAGUAUCCUCCUUAGGCUUGCAGAUGCAUUUAAGUCAGGGGACAAACAUAUGAAGCUUUGCAUUGUGAAGAUUUUCUUGUCCGAGCUCAAGCAGAGGAGGCGAUUGAGGAGCAAGGGGAGAAAAGAUAAGGGGAUCCUUUCGAAGGAUAAAUUAGAUAGCUAUAGAGAACUUCUAAGUAGAAUAAAGAUAGUAUUCGACACUGGAGACAUUGAAGAGAGAGCAUUGGCUUUAGCUCUAUUUGGUUGCUGGGCUCAUAUUGCAAAAGAUAGUGCUGAUGUAAGAUACCUCAUCCUUUCAAGCUUGGUGUCUAUGCAUGUUCCGGAGGCAAAGGCUUCUUUGUUUGCAGCUGGAUGCUUUUCUGAAUUGGCGAACGACUUUGCUUAUGUAUUUCUGGAAAUGCUUGGAGGUCUGCUGAUGUCAUCUGAAACAUCAAGGGUUAUAAGGUUAGCAGGAGGACGAGCUUUUGCUAAAAUGUGGUGCUCACUUUUACUAGCGGAUAGAGCUCAUAAGACUGGUAUGAAGCUUAUCCUAGAAUCUUCAGAAGAAGACUUCUCGUUGGUGAUGCUAGUUUCACUUUCCAAAAUUGCUUCUAAAUGGACAUCUUUAAUUCCUAUACAGAUGGAACUACUUUUCUUAUUUAUGGCAAAGGACAGAGGUUUGAGCCUGCAAGCUUUGGCAUUAAAAUGCCUCCAUUUCAUUUUAGCCAAAGGAGUUUAUCACUUCCAUGCCAGUUCAAAUGUGACUCUAAAGUUGUUUGGUGUCAUAAAUCAGUCUGAUUUUCCACCAGCUUUACAGUUUGAAGCUCUAAGAGCUUUAUACAAGAUGCCGCUGCCCAACCUGGAGACAAUUCCAUGCACAGAGAUCCUCACUAGUUUCUCCAAGUUCUUACAAAUUGUUGAGUUCAAACUACAUUCUUCAAUUAUGUCAGAGAGGAUUUUAUCUGUUCAUGUAUUAGCUAGUAUUUCUGACAAGCUUUUGGGAAUACCAAAAGAUGCAGCUGGUGGAAUUGUUUCAAUUGUUGCAUCUCGCAUGAUUACUUUCACCAUCGAUCGUAUCUCCCAACUAAUAAAGUUAGUGGUUGAUAAUCCUCAUCCAAACAAAGAGGCGGAGCAGGAGGUAAAGAGUUUACUCUUUAUUUUAGUUAAUCUGGUCGAAAGACAUCGAGAUCUCUCUGGUAUUGUACUGGAUAAGAUCUGUAUAGUUAUCGAACAUCUGGUUCGCAUGCUCAAUGAAGUUACCAGCAUGGAGAAUUCAGGCUCAGAAGAUCAUCAUAUGACAGAGCUCGACAAAGAGAACCAUGCAUCUACUGCAUCGAGAGUUUUGGUUUGUUUAUCCCAGAUUCUGAUAACUUGCUUUGAAAUGCUGGAAGUUUCCACUGCUGGUGCCACCCAAGUCUUUAACAGAAUGGAGCAUUUGGUUGAGCAUGUGCACCGGUGCAGCUUACUUCCUGUUUACAUCCACCUAAUAUAUCACCUUUUAUUGCACUUCCAUGCUGGAUAUCACUGUAUGUGGCUGAAGAUAGGGGAAGAUACGGUUUCUAAUAGAAAUUUUCGUCUAUCUCGUUGUAGUUCUCUGUCAGCUGAUGGUUCCCUAUCCCAGAAUGAAAGUUUCAUUAAUGACUGUGUGAAGGAAAUUUUGGAUAAAAAAGAGUAUUGGUCGUCUUAUAAGCUUGGAAAAUAUGCGGCAUGUCAUGGUGCAUGGUUGGUAGCUGCUUACAUAUUUGGGGAUCUAAUUCCUAUGGUUCGAUCUGAUAUCUGUUGUUUGUGGUUGAAAUCCUUAUCCCAUCUUUCAGAAUUAGAAAGGCAAGUCCAGUUGUUCAGGCUUACUCUUUCUGGAAAUACUGCCGGGGAAACUACGACAGUUAAUCAAAUUGAAAAUGUUGUCGGGGCCUCCAACAAACUUUGUUCUUUAGAGGAAGCUUUUGGUACCUCUGUUUCUGGUUGUGCUUUUAGUUUCCAGAGAUGGUUUAUUACUAUAAGAUCAAAGGUUGUUGGAACGGUAGCAGACGUACUUAAAUUAUUGAGCACAAAUUCGUUUUCAGAAGAAGCCUCCAGAAGUACUGAACGACUAGGGGAAAGGAUUUUGGUUCAGCAGUCAGAAUCUUCACAAGGACUCAGCUCUUUGUUGCAAUUGCUUGCCCACGCUUCUUCUCAGCUCAUGAGGCUAGCAAGAGAAUUUGAUCUCUUAGGAGCGUCAUUCAUUGGCAUGGACAGAAAAAGUAUGAAGAUAGUUUCUGAUCUUGGAUUAGGCUGUUCACUAUUAGCCUUUAGUACUGGAUUAACAUGUCGUUUUGUUAGUUCCCAUGGUAAACAAGAUUGUAGCAUUUAUGGUCUUGAAACCUCAGAGGAGCAAUUUCAUACUCUGCUGGUUCAUGACUUAUUAAGGAGACUGGGCUAUAUAGACUUAGAGACUAGCAAAAAUUUACGGCAGCUUUUGGAUUUCCGUCGAAGUUCUAGGAGCUGUUCCAUGCAAGAAUUCCAAAAUGAAAUUUCUUCCACUAGUGUUGAAGCAAGAGAUGUUGCUAAACUUUGUAGAUAUUCUGUUCAGAGAUUUCUUAGUUUGCAAGCGAGUACUGUACAUGCCAAUACUGGUAUAUCCCAAAUUCCCCGUGAUGCUUUGCAGUUGCUGUUCAACAUUAUUUUCUUGUGGAUACAGAUCCCUUUCCGGACUCCCAAACACUUUUUUCGAUUGAGGCCUCCCAUUUCUGCUGAGCUUUUCAUAACAAAUGAAGCUGGUAAAAGGAUAGAUAAUAUAUCUGUCUUGUCAGGCUUUCAGCUCCCUCUAACUCUGUGCAUUCAACUAAGAAAUAUAUUGCCAGAUCAGCUGUCUCGGGUGUCGAAGUUGUACUGCAUCCUUUGCUCACGAACAUCCUUUCAAGUAUUUAGUGAAAGCGAGGAUAAGAAAGUACCAGAGUCCAGUUGUCAGGCUUGGAAAAGCAAUCAUAUGGUAGACCUUAAUGACAAGCUAUUGCACUUUACAACAGGGUCUCCCAAGAGGGGUGGAUUACAUGCUAUGGGAAGUGCUGAAGGGACUUCAGUUGUGGAUAAAUUUGUGUCUUUUGAUCCUAAUGAGAAAGGGCAAGGAUUUGCAACCUGCUUGCUAGAUGUUUCUGCAUUUCCUGUGGGUUCUUACCAAAUCAAAUGGCACAGCUGUUGUAUAGACAAUAAUGGUGCUUACUGGAGCCUUACGCCCCUGAACACAGAUCAGUUCUUCACUGUACAUGAAUCUUCUAAUAUUGGUCCUUUAGUUUAGGUGGAGUACCAUAGACGGCAG